CAUUUUUCAUUUCUUACGGGAUAAAAUAUUUUCAGCACCGUUUAUCUGUCAAACUUCUUGACAAAAUUCAGGAUGGCAAGCAAGAAGCUUCUCAAUGAUGUUGAACGUUGUGUGGAUGAGAAUCUAGAGGGCCUAGUAGCAGUAAACCCGGGCUUGCGACUCAUUGAGGGAACCAGGGUUGUGGUUCGGGCCGACAUUGAAGAUAUGAAGAAGGAAGGGAAGGUGGCAGUACUGUGUGGUGGAGGAUCAGGACAUGAACCUGGACAUGCUGGUUAUGUUGGUCGGGGGAUGUUGAGUUGUGCUGUGGCGGGGGCAAUUUUUGCCUCCCCACCCCCUGAUGCUAUCCUGACUGGGCUGAGAACCAUCACUAAGGACAAUCCAGGUGGUUGCUUGGUAAUUGUCCCCAACUACACGGGCGAUCGGCUAACAUUUGGUCUGGGCAUGGAAAGAGGGAUGAAUGAAGGGUUAAGACUGACGUCGGUUACAGUUGGGGAAGACUGCGCCGUUAUGUCCAGGGACAAGUCUGCUGGCAGACGGGGGCUAUGUGGCAUGUUUCUUACCAUUAAGAUUGCUGGAGCCCUGGCAGAGGAGGGAAAGAGCCUGGAGGAAAUCACAGAGCAGGCCCAACUAGUCAAUAAAAGCAUGGGUACAAUAGGUCUAGCCCUGAAGCCAUGUUCCACCCCGGGCUCGACAGGGGCACUAUUUACAGUCCCUGAUGAUGAGAUGGAGCUAGGUUUGGGUCUCCAUGGAGAGGCUGGAGUGAAGAGAAUAAAGCUUCUGACAUCUAAAGACGCAGUGAAGGUGAUGAUAGACCACAUGACCAACCCAGAAAACCCUACACAUCUUCCUGUCAAGAAAGGUGAUCGCGUUGCUUGUAUGAUAAACAACCUGGGAGGCAUGUCAGUGCUGGAGAUGAACAUAAUAGCCAAGGACACUCUUCAAUAUCUGGAAGGCACCCUUGGAUUACAGGUUGACCGUGCGUACUGUGGCACGUACGUCACUUCCCUGGAGAUGGCUGGCAUCUCCAUUACCAUCCUCCAUCUGAAUGACACAUUCGCACGAUGCCUAGAUGCCCAAACAAAUGCCCCAGGGUGGCAGGCCCCUGUGUUGGCACCGGGACAGAUGGACAGGAAAACACCCCCCACCAUGAAACCAGUUCCGCCCCCUAGCUCAACAACGAAGGAAGACAAAGGGGCUACCGUAUCAAAAGAGGAGGGGUCAUUGCUGUACACCAUUCUGCAGAAAGUGUGUUCCCGCCUACAGGAGAAUGUGGAGCUCCUAAAUAACCUGGAUAUGGAGAGUGGCGACGGGGACACAGGGAAUACCGUCAGUAGAGGCACACUUGCCAUAAUGGAAAAGCUGGGUAGCCUCGAGCAGACAGGGCUUCCCUUAACAUGCCCUGCCCAGCUGUCCAUGGAGCUUGCCCAUAUUGUGGAGAAGGUCAUGGGUGGAUCAUCGGGAGGGGUAUACAGCCUGUUCUUCACUGGGGCAGCAAGUGAACUCCAGAAAGAGGUCAGCCCUCAGGCUUGGUUAAAAGCUAUGAACACAGGCAUUGCAGCUAUACAGAGAUAUGGUGGGGCAGAGCCGGGAGACAGGACAAUGUUGGAUGCUCUUUGUGCUGCUAGGAACUGUUACCGUGACAACCUGCCAAACAUGGCACCACUGGAGGCUUUUGCUCUCGCAGUGAAGGCUGGAGAGGAAGGUGCGGAGAGCACCAAGUCCAUGAAAGCCCAUGCUGGUAGAGCCAGUUACGUUCAUGCUGAUCGGCUCACGAAGCCUGACCCUGGCGCAGUUGUUGUUGCUAUUUGGCUCAAAGCCAUACUGGAAGCACUGCAGUCAAAAUAAUUUAAAUAGCAAACAUGAAAUAACUAUAUUUGUAUUUUUAGGAAAACAACUGUGUUCACAUGAUUAUCCCAUUUAAGUGUAAUUAUCAUAAUAUUAGAUCAUACUGUUACCAGUAAUACACAUUGUGUGCCAUACACCUGUACCUAUAAGUGUGUUGUAAUAUGAACAUCUUUGCCAUUUAUUUAUUAUUUUUUUUACACAUUUUAACUUUAUUUCUGUUAGUUAAAUUAAUAUCUAUUUACAUUGUAACUGGUGUAGUUAUUGAUCUUUUAAUAUGCUGCUAGUCGGAAAUUAAAUGAUAAUACAAAAAAAUAAAAAAGCA